CAUGAACUGGCACUUUGUCCAUCAACAGUUUCGGCUCACUUUGAGACCCAACACUCAUUCCCAUCCUCAAAGAUGGAUGUCCAACUUCUCACCAGUUUACUUUUCAAAGACAACUUACAGUCCAUCAAAAUUGGAAUUUCCUCAAUCGAACAAUUCUCAAGAUGUGAUUCAUAAAUUGGAAAGUCGUCAACUCAUUGCACAACUCACCAGUCGUGCAGUACGUCAACAUCUGAUAGAUCAACCGAGGACGAUCUAUUUAGGUAUCGAUCCAACUGCAAGCUCUCUACAUGUAGGGAAUUUGUUGGCUCUUAUCGGACUCGUUCACUUUGCUCUCAAUGGUCACAAGACUAUCGUUCUUCUCGGCGGUGGAACCGGGAUAGUAGGUGAUCCUUCUGGUCGGAGCUCUGAACGUACAAGCCUUUCACGUUCAUUGGUCGAUUCUAAUGUGGAAUGCCUCCACAAACAAGUCAACAAAAUAUUGGACUCCGCUCUGAAGCAUGCUCAAACACGAGUUCGCCACACUGAUGAUCAUCAAGAUUCUAAAUCACCUCAAAUAUGGCUUCAUCGCGUGAAAAACAAUAUGGAAUGGCUUUCAGGUUUAACCCUGUUGGAUUUUUUGGGCUCUGUAGGAAAAAUAGCCAGAAUUGCGUCUAUGCUUGCCAGAGACAGCGUUAAACAGCGAAUGGAUUCUGGUGCUGGUAUCUCUUUUACCGAAUUUACAUAUCAAUUACUACAAGCAUACGACUUUAAUCAAUUGAGACAUCGAUAUGACUGUACGAUCCAACUCGGUGGUAGCGAUCAAUAUGGGAACAUUAUGAGUGGGAUUGAAAUCAUGACCAAAAUUGGUACACAUCAAAAAGAAAACAACCAAUCUUCGUCAGAACUUGUGGAAACAGAAAUACCACAAAGUUAUGGAGUUACACUACCACUCUUACUAAAUCAUAAGGGAGAAAAGUUUGGUAAAAGUGCUGGUAACGCGCUUUGGUUAUCAUCUAGACUUACCCCACCAGUUGACCUCUAUCAGGCAUUCCUACGGACUCCAGAUAGUGAGAUAGAUAAGUAUCUUCGAAUGUUAACGUUUUUACCUCUGGAGGUAAUCAACCGCGUUAUGGACGAUCAUCAAAAAGGUGACAGACAACGCCGCGAACCUCAAAAACUCCUUGCACAAGAAAUCAUUCUUCUAGUACAUGGAUCUGAAGGGCUCUCACAAGCAUUAUCAGCUACCGAAAUACUUCAUCCCUCCAAAGGAAACCUUUCAAUGCUGACGACAAAUCAAUUUCAAGAUGCUUUCGAUGGAUCGCCACAUCACAUACGCUUGCAAUCCAACAAAGUGCUUGGCUGCAGUAUUGAUAGCAUCGCAGUGCUCUCAGGCUUAUGUAAAUCGAAGGGAGAAGUGCGAAGCCUGAAGCAAAGCGGCGCAAUCACCGUCAAUCAUCAGCCAUUGCGUGACAAUGUCAUCCAAGAUAGCGAUUUGUUAGCAGGUGAAUUCAUUUUAUUGAUGCGCGGAAAGACUGCGUACAAGCUCGUUAGUAUACUGUCGGGUGAUCAGGACAAAUGAAAGUUUUUUAUAAUAUCAACUGCCUAUGCUGUGUCCUCUUCCUGCUUUCGGUGAAUCCUGGAUGCCUAUACACAUCUUGAUACCAAAUGUACACAUAACGUGAUGCCAAAUUGCUCAAAGG